AUGGGUCUGCUCAGUUUUGGCAUACCGGAUACGCCCGUUCCGACGAGACUCGUCGGGACCGAAGGGGUAGGUGGAAGCAGUGGUGGUGACGGCGGCGGCCGCAGUGGUGGAUCGGGCAGCAGCGUCGGAAGAGGCAGUGGCGGCUCGGGCAGCGGCUUCGGCAGCGGCGGUAGCAGCGAUGCAGCGGCGCCAGAAGCCGGACACAAACGGGGGCUGGCCGAAGUUCACAAUGUGGGAGGAGUAUCAAGUUCUCGAGCACUUCCAAAAUUCAAGGCUAUCUGUGCGCAAGAGCAGGCUGGAGCUCCUGGGCCGAAGCGUACUAGACACAACAUAGCCAGGGACUACAACAGCAGCAGCGGCAGCGGCUCGCAAUCAUUCGACCUGAACGACGAGCAAGCGGAAGAGCCCUCUGUUACACACUCUAGGCGCGCACGCCUUCCGGGACAACAUGCCUCUAUCCGACGCGCUAGAGAGACUGGAAUUUCUUCCCGCCGAUCGUCGGCCGCAUUUGGAUCGCCCACCCCGCAGCCCGCCCCAGCACCGCCGCACAGGGUCCCUGGUUCCCGCGAGGUCUUAAGGGAGAACCUAGAUGUGCAGUUGAUGCAACAACCGCAGGACGUCUGCAGCAAAUACGAGGCCGCAACCGACCCGUUCAUCAAGGAUAUAUACUUGAAACUCAUAAGUCGGAUCCAGCACCGUCUAGGCUUGGCUGAUGAGGCUCCUGGGGCAGGGGCGGCCGGUGGCAGUGAGGGAGACGGAGAAGAAGAGGAGGAUUCCGGCUUCGCCACCGAUUAG